GCUCCGCGCAGCCUGCGCGCCGCGGAGGGAUGGCCCGGCCGGCGGGGCUCUGCCUGGCCGCCUGUGGCCUCGCCUGGCUCCUCGUCUGCUGCGCGGCCCGCCGGGACCCCUCAGGCAGCAGUACUUUUACCAUUCGCCAUGACACACUCAACAAGUGCAUACAAGUUAAAAACUCACGGAUAGUGAUAGAUGACUGCAAGGAGACAAGUGAAACUUUAUGGAAAUGGGUAUCCCAGAAUCGCCUCUUUCAUUUGGGAUCCAAGCAGUGCCUGGGACUUGAUAUAUUCACCAAAGCGCUGUCUCGACUGAAAAUGGUUGAUUGUAACUCAGAACUAAUGCUGUGGUGGCGAUGUGCUGAUGCUUCUAUCUUUGGUGCAUCUCAGUACAAAGUGACUGUCAAGAGUACUUAUGUAACUGCAAGCAUAAAUGCAACUGACCAGUGGAGAAGCAACAGUUCUUCUGAUGAUGUAUGUCAGUAUCCUUACCAUGAGGUUUAUACCAAAGAUGGGAACUCCUAUGGAAAACCCUGUGAGUUCCCCUUUCUUUAUAAUAAGACGUGGCAUCAUGACUGCAUUCAGGAUGGAACACAUAUGGGUGGGAAAUGGUGUGCCACAUCAGAAGAUUAUACUCAUGAUGGAAAAUGGGGAAUCUGCUUACAACCAGAGAAUGGUUGUCAUGAUACCUGGGAACAUGAUCCAGGGUCUGAAAGUUGCUACCAGUUUAAUACACAGUCUGCUCUUUCUUGGAAGGAAGCUUAUAUUUCAUGUCAAAGACAAGGGGGAAAUUUGCUUAGCAUCCAAGAUGCUUCUGAAUUAAGUUACAUACAAGCUAAGGAUGACAUUGCUGAGAUCUUUUGGAUUGGCUUAAAUCAGCUGGAUGUUUCUGGAGGUUGGCAGUGGUCAGAUCACAAACCUUUGAAUUUUCUCAACUGGCAUCCAGAUAUGAGGAGUUCAUCCCCACUGGAUGGAACUAGCUGUGUGGUGAUGAAUGCUGCUUCAGGUCAGUGGCAGAGUUACCACUGUGGGACUCCACUUCCGUAUAUUUGCAAGAAGUCACUCAAUGAAGCUUCAAGCCUCCCAGAGUUCUGGAGAUACUUGGAUACUCGCUGUGAUUCAGGCUGGAUGCCCCAUAAUGGUUUUUGCUACAUGCUGAUGCCCACCCAGGCACCUUGGAGUGCAGCAGACAAGUUGUGUAGAGCAAAUAACAGUAACCUCAUCAGCAUACACUCCUUAACUGAUGUUGAACUGAUUGUUACAAAGCUUCAUAGUGAUGUUAAAGAUGAAAUGUGGAUGGGUCUCAGGAAUGAAGAUGUACCGACUUUGUUCAAAUGGUCAGAUCACUCAGCUGUGGUUUUCACAUACUGGGAUCAGAAUGAACCAAAUAUUCCUUUUAACAGCACUCCUAACUGUGUGUCAUAUUCAGGCGAGUUGGGACAGUGGAGAGUCAAAUCCUGUGAAGAAAAAUUGAAAUAUGUGUGCAAGAAAAAAGGAGAGAUUUUGAAUGAAACAAAAUCAGAUACAAAUUGCUCAUUGGAAGAGGGAUGGGAGAGACAUGGAAACUACUGUUACAAGGUUUAUAAAACAGAAGUUUCAUUUGGAGCACAAUGCAAUCUGACAGUGAUGAACAGAUUUGAGCAAGAAUUUAUAAACAGUCUAAUCAGAAAGCACACCAAAGUUGAAGAAAAAUACUUCUGGACUGGUUUGCAAGAUAUUAGCCAAUCGGGAAUAUAUUCCUGGGGUACAGUGAAUGGCGAAAAAGCUGAAGCUGUGACAUACACUAACUGGAAUUCCCUGCAACCUGAGUUUUCUGGAGGAUGUGUGGCCAUGCCCAGUGGAAGAUCUCUUGGAAAAUGGGAAACUAAGGAUUGUAAAACCAGUAAAGCAUUUUCAGUCUGCAAAAAAUAUAUUGGGCUGGCCAAAGAGCCAGAAGUGCUCCCAAAGCCAACAGAUCCCUGUCCCCCUGGGUGGCACAAUGGAUCUGGCCUUGCCUGCUAUAAGUUCUUCCACAGUGAACGAGUGCUGCGAACCAGGACCUGGGAAGAGGCAGAACGGUUCUGUGAAGCUCUUGGAGGCCAUCUGCCUAGUUUUAGUCACUCAGAAGAAAUCAAGACACUUCAUUCUAUUCUGAGAAAAAUAAUCAGCAAUGACAGAUGGGUAUGGAUUGGAAUGAAUAAAAGGAAUCCAGAUUCUUUGGGAACCUGGCAAUGGAGUGAUGAUAAACCUGUGACUAGUGUUGUUAUGCCACUUGAUUAUCUGGAAGAUGAAUAUGAUACUAGAGACUGUGCUGCACUAAAGACCUCUCAGUUUUCACGGAGAUCAUUCUGGAGAUUUUAUUUCCAUGAAGGCAGAGACCUGGAUUUUUACUUCCGGCCCUUUGAUUGUGAAGCUAAACUUGAAUGGGUUUGCCAGAUAACAAAAGGUAGCACUCCAAAGACACCUGAGUGGUACAUACCAGAUGACAUUGGAAUUCAUGGAGCCCCACUUAUUGUUGAUGGAUCAGAGCUGUGGUUUGUACCAGAUAAAAACCUGAGCUUCCAGGAAGCUAUUUUCUACUGUCAAAAAAAUGAUAGCGAUUUAGCCUCUGUGGACUCUUACCCAAAACUCAGGACAAUACUGUCUCAAAUAGAAAAGUUAUCAAACAGCGAACAGAAGUGGUGGCUGAAGUUUAUCGAUUAUGGCUACAACUAUCAUUCACCUUUACAGUUAUUUUCACGCUUCCAUGAUCGAUUCCUCAGAGACUGCUGGUAUGUUUCUAGAAAGAACUGGUAUAGAGACUACCCUGUUAACUGUAAUGUGAAACUGCCUUUCAUCUGUGAAAAAAAUAAUGCUUCCUUACUAGAGAAGCAUGAUCCUAGUUACCGCCCAGUCAGAGGAGGCUGCCCUAAAGGUUGGCAACAGUUCCGGAAUAAGUGUUUUCUAAAGAUGAAACCUGAGUAUUUAACUUUUAAUGCAGCCAAUGAAAAGUGUGUAACUUUUGGAGGCUCUCUUCCAUCUAUCUCAAAUCAAGCUGAGCAAGAUUAUAUAACAUCCUUGCUUCCUGGUAUGCCAAAAGAUAUUUGGAUUGGUUUGCAGUUUCUGUUCAGCACAAGGGAAAAUAAGUGGAUAGAUGAGAGUAGGCUGCUGUACAGUAACUUUCACCCACUCCUAACAGGAAGAUUAAGGAAAAUUCCACUGGAUCUUUUUGAUGAAGAAUUUAACAAUCAGUGUGGUGUAAUCCUCAAUGAUCCCAAAUCACAGUAUGCUGGAACAUGGAAUUUCACUGCUUGUGCUGACAAGCACUUCUUGGGUAUAUGCCAGCGGCCUAUAGGAACUGCUGACAAUCAGACAGAGCAAGUCCUUAAUGAAACAUUGAACUACCAAAAUGUUCAGUACAUGGUAAUUCUGAAAAAUUUGUCCUGGAAUGAUGCAAUGGCUGAGUGCAUAAGUAACAAGAUGCAGCUGGUUAGCAUCACAGAUCAGUUCCAGCAGGCUUUCCUGGCUGUUCAGGCUGCCCUUCACAAUUUCCCACUGUGGACUGGACUCUUCAGCAGAGAUGGUGGAAAACAUUAUGGCUGGCUGGAUGGGAAACACGUUAGUUUCAGUCACUGGUCUGAAGAUGAUGAGGAAACAGGAGAAGAAUGUGUGUUUUUGGACACUGAUGGCUUCUGGAAAACUUCUGACUGUUCCUCUGAAAAUCGAGGUGCUAUUUGCUACACAUCAGAAAAAAAGACUGAAAAAGAACAAGUGACACAAGUUAAGUGCCCACAUAAAAUUAAAAAUACACCCUGGAUAUCAUUUAGAAACAAUUGUUAUACUUUCAUGAUAACAAAAAACAGAUGGAGAGAAAUGAAGUCUCAAGAAGCUCAUCAUUUAUGCAAGAAAAUGAACCCAGAAGCAUUUGUUCUGAAUGUUAGAGAUGAAGAGGAGAACAAUUUUGUAACUGAGCAGCUUCGUUCAUUCAGUGGUCUGGCUAUGUGGGUCUGGCUGGGUGUGAUUUACGAUGACAAUGAUAAAGUUCUCAAGUGGUAUGAUGAAACUCAUCUGACUUACAAUAACUGGAGGCUGGGAAGACCUAACAUAAAGAAGAACAGUUUUUUUGCUGGUGUAAAUCUUGAUGGGUUUUGGGAUAUUUAUAAUUAUUCUCAAAGUUGGCACGGUCAUCACUAUAAUGUGUACAGUAUUCUCGCCUGUAAAAUUGAAAGGGGACCUCAGCAGCACAAGCCUCCAUUGCCUGAGUCUAUUCCACAUGGAAACAGAACAUACAGGAUCCUUCAGAAGAAGUUGACAUGGUAUGAGGCAUUGAGAGAAUGCAAGCAAAACAGGAAUGAUUUAGCAAGUGUGCACAGUGAAUCACAACAGAUAUUUCUAGAAGAUAUUGUCAAGCAGGAUGGCUACCCUCUGUGGCUUGGGUUGUCAAUUCAUGAUGGAAGUAAAACUAAUUUUGAAUGGUCAGAUGGAAGUGACUUUGACUACUAUCCUUGGGAAUUAGAAAACUCAAAUACUACUGAAAACUGUGUUCUCUUGGAUACUAAAGGAUCUUGGAACCGUACAAAAUGUACAAAUGUUGCUGAAGGUGCCAUUUGCUAUAGUCCUCCAAAUAACAGGCAAUUACAGCCAAAGCAAGCAAGCAGAGCCCCAGCGUGCCCGCAGCUUGGUGGUACCCUAGAAUGGAUACAGUAUAAGGAUCAUUGUUAUGCAUUUGACAUGGCAUUCUACAAUUAUUCAGUAUAUAAUGUAGAAGAUGCUAAGAAAGUCUGCCAGAAACUGAAUCCAUCAGCAACCCUUCUGACCAUAGUGGAUGCUGAAGAAAAUGCAUUUGUGAGCAUGCACAUAAAGGAAAAUGAUCUCAUCACCAAGAACGUAUGGCUGGGCCUGGCUCAGAGCUCUAAGGAUCAGUCCCUGAACUGGCUUGAUGGUUCAUCAGUUAAUUAUGCCAACUGGGAAAAUAAAACUGCAGAAGUCAAUGAAAAAUGCAGUGUUAUCCUGUCCACAACUGGCACAUGGUCAAAAGUUGACUGCAGUCAUAGUCAAAGCAGAGUGGUUUGUAAAGCUCCUACAGGUUCUAAUCAUACUGGGGUGGCUGUAGCAUUUGCCCUGUUAAUUAUCUUGGUCUUUGUUGCUGGAUUAGUAUGGUACCUCUAUAAAAAGAAGCGUCUUCACUGGAGUGCCUUCUCCUCAGUACACUAUCAAAGAGGAAUGAAUGAUGAGGAUACUGAUGAAAUGUUCACAAAGGAUAACUAUUGAGAGACUGUUCCUUCUGACCAACUUAGCAUGAACUUCACCAUGUGAAGCCAUAAAGAAUUAACUACUUGAUGUUUUAUUAGCUAUUUUUGGAAAAGUAACAAGAAGGUUAUUAAUGGGGGCUAAAUUUUCUUCUCUUAUAUAAGUGCAAUUUUUAAUCAAGUCAAUGGUAAUUAUUUACAUUUGUCAACAGCCAUUUAAGGUGCAAGAUUUCUAGAGUUCUGUGAUAUUUUUAAAUUUACAGUAUUUUCUCUCUUUACUGGAAAGAAUUUUUAAUGGAAUUAUUAAUUCCAAUAGUACAUCAUGCAAUGUCACCUUAACAAAUGCACUUACAACUGGUGCAUGAAUUCCAUAGCUUUGUACAAUUAUCCAUUAAUAACUUCAUGCCAAAUGAUGUAACAUUUUGAUAUGCUGUAAGGGUUUUACUGCUAGCAUUGGGUUACCUUGUACACAAAGCUGAUAAAUAGGAGACAAGGUGUCUUCAUAUAGAAACUUUAAGAAGCAGUUUUUAAUAUAAGCAAUUUUAAUAUAGCAGGGGAGAAAGGAGUUACCAGACAACUUAGAAUUAAUUCCCACCCAACUAGAAUUUAUAUUUUCUUGUUGUAGUGGAAAAAGAUCAUACUAUGAUUAAUUUUUUUUAAUUAUUUUUUUUUUAUUCCCUCAAAGACACACAAAAAAAAUCAUGUUGUAGUAGUGAGAGAGGAAUGUUCCUUGGAAUGUAGAAUGUGCAUUUUUAAUAAGGAGUUAUGGGAAAUAUCCUGUACUAAAAACAUACCCUUCAGGAGUAAUUUAAAUAAACACAGAAUAUUUGAAGCCUGAGACUUUGGCAGUCUGACAGAUUGCUACGCUUUUUCCCUGAAGGUUGUAGUGGGUAACAAAAAUACCCAUUAAUGGCUAACUGCUAACACAAGUGGAACUCAAGAUACAAUAGAAGCAAAAGCCUGAAUGUUACAUUUUAUGUUGUGACAUAAUUGUUAAGUAAGUGGUUCAAUUUUUUUCACAGCUCCUUUCACAAAGUUUUGAAAGCACAAAUAGCAGGAAUGUUUACAACAAAAUCUGGACUCCAGCAUUGAUUAAAUAGGAUUUUAAAACCUGCACUUAGAGUAGUAUUUAGACAAAGACAUGCUAUAUUCUGUCUUAUAGCUUAACUCUGGAGUUAGCCCUGAGUGAUUUUUUUGUAGAUCAAAACGCAGAAAAGAUCUACUCCAUUUUUAUAAUCUGUUGCACUAAGACACCAGCGGACAGGAGUGUUGUGGUAACAGUGUUCCUUGCUCUGUAAGAAGAUCCUCCUGACAUUUACUUCCCCUAAUACUCUUUUUUAUAUACUAGGGUUAAAUGCCUAGCUUCAUUUGGUGAAAUAUGUCAUCUGUCCAAGAAACAAGAUGAGGAUAUAUAUCAAAAGAAAGAGAAAUAAUGUAUGGCAAAUAAACUUGUGUACAUAAAUGGUAAAAAUACUUGAGUAUUUUACAUAAAACUUAAACUUGAUUUUUGUAUGUGUCACUGUGGCCUUUUCUAUGCACUCCAAAGAAAGUUAGAAAGGGAAAAAGGGAACACAGAAUGUUAUCUAUUAAUUACUCUUAUAAUUUGAUUGUUUUGUAAAAGUCUGUAGACUUUUUUAAUGCACAAAGAACAGGUACAUUUGCCUUUAUGAAGGAGGACAUGUAAAAGACUAAAUCCAUUUCCCGUGUGACAGUGUAUGAUAUAUGAUAAACAGGAAUACACUUGGUCUGAUGUGCUGAGAAAAGUACUACUGAUCUAUCUGAAGCAACUGUGCGAGGUUAUGAUGUCCAACUGCCUUUUCCCCCCCUGCAAUUUUCUUAUAUUGACAGCACUUUUCUUUGUUCCUGUUUGCACUAUUUUGAUAAGCAAGUGUUUAUAAUCUGUACUGAGAAACAGAAAACUUCUUGUAGGUACUGCUUUAGAGCCUGUUAAAACAGCAGCCUGAAGGGGCACAGUAAAGGAACCGUGGUGUUAAUUUGCUGAUCAAAGAAGUAAGCACUUUCAUUGUUAAUUUGGUACUUUGGGCACAAUUGUUAAGAUUUUAUUUCUUGAGCUAACUUGUAGAAAAAGUAGUUACGAUGCUAGUUACUGUGUAAUAAAAUUAACUAUCACUCACCUUAAACUUACACUGUGAGAAGUAUUUGAAACUUAACAAAGCCUGGUUCCUGUCAUCUUCUGGUUUAAUUUAUAUGCCUAAGAGCUUUAUAAAAUGACUUCUAACUUAAUAGACUAAAAAAAAAAAAAAAAA